AUGGAAUCUGGUCAAGAGUCCCCACCCAGAUCUAGCAAGGACAAUGUCAAUCAGCCUGUACCUAAGAGGCGUCGAAUCGCGUUGGCGUGUUCGGCAUGCAGAAUCCGCAAAUCAAGGUGCAAUGGAGGGCGCCCAAAAUGCGACGCAUGCGACAAACUUGGAUUUGAAUGUACGUACGAGCAGCAGGAGACGUCUGCCAACCUUCUAAUACCCAAGGAUUUAUUCGCUACAUUAGAGCAUAAGGUGAAAAUGCUGGAGGCCAGUUUAGAAACCCACAAUAACAGACUCAAUCACCUAGAAAAGGCACAACCAAAGCCCUUGGCCUUGUACGACAAACCUCUAGCUGCUGACUCACUUCAACCAGAAAAUGGAGUAUCGGAUGAUGGUAUAACUAUUGAUGACGAUGUUGUUAUAAAUAUUGAGGGCAUCAAAGAAAGCUCCACCGGUCAAAGCAUGACGGAUGGCAUGGCAGUGUCAUUCGUUGAUGAGCAAGAUUGUGGCUUUUUCGGCCCAUCAUCAAACAUUGCUUUUAUGCGGCAUAUUUUACGAGCAGUAGACAAAAGAAAGCAGUUGAUCAAUGACCAAUCACCCGUUACCUCAGUAUCAGAGCACAGUACCUAUGAGGGUGGUCUUAACAAGCAGAACACAGCUCCGCUGGGAGGCUCAGACGACAUUUCCAAGGCAGAUGCCAACCGUCUGCCCCCUGACCACGAAAUGCAGAGGCUCAUCAAUGCAUAUUUUACAAACACGGGGAUUCUGUUCCCGUACAUCCAUGAGCAAGAGUUUCUCGAUACAUACCAUCAGUUUCGAGCAAGUAGCUUCCGAAGUAAUGUUAGUCGGACCUGGUUAGGCUUACUCAACAUGAUUUUGGCCAUGGCUACUUGCACAUCGUGUUGGGAGGAUACCGGAAGCGAAUCUCAUUUCGAGCAAUCUGAUGUCUUUUAUCGCCGAGCUCAAGAGUUGUGCCAGGCGCAAAUGCUUAGAGGUACCACGCUUGAGAUAGUCCAAUAUCUUCUUUUGACGAGUCAGUAUCUGCAGGGAACGCAUAGAUCUGUCCAAACUUGGACUAUACACGGUCUCGCUGUCAAAGCUGCCAUGUCCAUUGGGCUUCAUUCGCGGGACAUCGUAUCAAAAUUUAACCCAGUUCAGCAGGAGAUCAGGAAGCGGACAUGGUUUGGGUGUAUCUUACUUGAUAGGAGCCUAAGCUUGACUUUUGGACGUCCAUGUGCCAUCCCAGAAGACUAUAUCCGUCUAGACCUACCCCACCAUCUCCUUCUGUACACUUCGGUCUCUGAACAAGUUCAAUACCUCAGCACUGAGUUUUACAAUGCUUCAAUAUUGCUCUAUAGGAUUAUAGGGAAGGUUAUAACAGCUCUUUAUGGAAACAAUCUUGGGUGUGACGAACAAGCAUCAGACACUAUUACUAUGACGGCUAUCAUCCAGUUUGAGCAGGAGCUGUCAGACUGGCAGGAUAAGUUACCCCAGCAACUACGCCCCUGUAGUGCCGACGAGCUGGCACAUCGUACGGAUACAGAGGCACAAGAUACUACGGUCGAACGCUUUCGGGUCAUCUUGACACUGAGAUAUCUCAAUACCCAGCUUCUCCUUCACCGUCCAACAUUCAUUCGAUCGCUGAGUGCCUUUCAUAAAGGAUCAAAGAUACCAAACCGCAACUCAGGGUCUGUAAACAGCAUGCAAGCUAGCUUUGACAGAGCUUUUAUCCAGGUCGCAAAAAAUAUCCUAGAUAUCAUACACACCGCAUUGAUGAGACCAGAUCAUGGGCGCCAUCUUAUUGGCGCUUGGUGGUUUACUCUUUACUACACAUUCAGUGCGGCUCUGGCAGUGUUCGGAGGUUUGCUGGUUAACCAGGACCUUGUAGACGAGUCAGACGUCGAGAAUCGACAUGACCGGGCUAAGAGGUCUUUGAACCAGGGAUACGAGUCGCUGUUACAGCUCAGCAACCAUAACCCGAUCGUCUUGCGUUGUGUAAGAUUCUUACAACAGCUUGUUAGAAUAGUCAACACUUGGGGUACGUCUCGUCCUUUUCGUUAUAUGGCCAACGAUCUCAAUCUCUAUGAAACAGAACCGAAGCCUUCCCACAGCCUCAGGCCUCAGAGUCAAUAUUUGGAGCCACACUCUGCUGAAAACAUUGACUGUUUUGAUCUUGAUACAGACCUGAUCUCUACUAUGCCCUCAUGGGAUACUUCUGAUCUUGGGUUUAGAGACGAACUUGAGUUAGGUCAGUUCUUCGCCAGUGACAUUCAGAAAUGGUUUGAACGGGUUCAAUAG